AUGUUUACGGGGUCAUCAGGGCGAGAAACCUGUUGUUCAAAUUCUGCUGGCGAUGGUCGUGCAUUUAAAAGAUAUCGGCUUACAUUAUCUGAUAGCAAAAAUACGUUUAACUCGUGUAUUCUUGCAUCACAAUGCAACGAUCUGAUUGAUCAUAAUGAUUUGAAAGAUUAUUCGGUUAUUCAGUUAAAUAACUUUACUUAUCAUUCACAAGGUCCAAAACCGUUUCUCACUGUAUUAGAUCUGACAGUAUUAUCAAACAUGUCACAACAGAUUGGUGAUCCGACUCCACUACAACCCAUAACAAAUACGAACGUGGAAGACACAAAUGACGUAUCGCAGGCAACAAAUGACGCAUCAUCUAGUUCAACGACGAAUGGUAACAUGAAUAAUACAUCCCUUACCAAUACUGCAAGCAAUAGUGCACAAUUUUCCAUGCGAUUAACAACAUCUGACUCCUUUUCGCAAUCCGAAAGAAUAGAAGCUAUUAAUAUGCUAACAAAAUAUCUGCCAAAAUGGACGAUUCGAGCAAGAGUGAGCAAUAAAACACCGGUUCGUUCAUAUUCGAACGGACGCGGUGAGGGAAAAUAUUUUAGUUGUGAUUUGAUAGAUGAAACGGGGGAAAUUCGGGCAGUAGCAUUUGGUGAUGAAUGUACUCGAUUUUACGAUAUGUUAGAAACUGGUGAUAUCUACUAUAUAACUAAAGGUAUGUUAAAACCAGCCAAUCGUAGGUUCAAUACAUUGAGCCAUGACUUUGAAAUGACAUUGGUUGCACAAACAUCUAUUCGACCGUGUAUGGACGUAACAAAUAUCCCCGACGCGCAAUUUAACUUCAUACCAAUUAGCGACAUCGAAAAUAAAUUACCAAACUCGUUCAUUGAUGUUAUUGGUGUGGUUACAAGGACGUCUGAUAUUCAAAUAAUAACGUCUCGACAAUCAAAUAAAGAAUUGAUUAAACGUGAAUUAGAAUUAUGUGAUGAGAAUGGCAAAAUAUCGGUGACGUUGUGGGGUGAAGAGGAAACUCCGCAAACUGUAAAUCAUGGCUAUCGUUUUUCAGCAACAUGGAAAACACUAAAUCAAAUAGUUGAUGAAAAACUUGGCCUAGAUGAUAAACCAGACUAUAUAAUGGUCAAAUGUGUUUGUUCAUUUAUCAAAACAGAUUCAAUUGUUUACAUGUCUUGUCCUGAAGAUGAUUGUAAAAAGAAAGUAUUUGAUAACAGAAAUGGAACAUAUCAUUGUACAAAGUGUAGUCAUGACUAUAAUGACUUUAAAUGGGCUUAUAUGGUACUUGCUGAAUUAUCUGAUAGUACGAGUUCCCAAUGGACAGUUUUUUUUCAAAACGAAGCUGAAGCUCUUUUAGGCAUUAGCGCUUCCAAAUUUGGCGAGGCAAAAAUGAAUAAUAACGAUAAUUUUGUUGAAGAUUAUUUAUCGAAGAUAACUUUCAAAGAAAAAAUAUUUCGUUUGCGAAUUAAAGCUGAAAAUUUUAAUGACGAAAGACGAGUACGUGUAUCAUGUAUUGGUGUAUAUGAUAUUGAUCAUGUUGAUUAUACUAAAAAGAUGCUUGAUUUUAUAUUAUAUUGA